CCUUCACUUGAUGUCUAUGGGCAUGGCCGCAAACAAAGGCCCAACAUGUGUCGUUGUUAUAGGGCUCUCCGUGGGAUUGGCAUGGGUCUUCUUCGCACUGCGAUUGUGUGAGAGGACCUUUAUUAGUAGAUGCUGGGCGGCAGAGGACUUGUUGCUUGUAGCCGCUGUAUUACUUUUCACCACUUAUUCCACAUGUGCAACACUGUCUGUAAAGUACGGCACUGGGAGGCAUAAUGUGGAUAUUGAAGCUGCGGAUCUUCCCAAGGCACUUUAUCUUUGGUUCCUGUGCGAAAUUUUAUAUAUUUUAACGACUGUUUUUGUGCGACUAUCGAUUUCUGUAUUCCUUUUAAGGAUAUGCUUGCAACGUAAAUACAAGGUCAUAAUAUAUGGAACCAUGGCGAUGGUUAUGGCCUUCUCGACCUUUUAUCUUUUUCUUCUUAUAUUCCGAUGCUCACCUGUCAACUUCUUUUGGGACCAAUAUAAAGGGGAGUCUGGGAGCUGUUUGAGCGCAGCCAUUAUAUCAGACGCUACUAUCGCUCAUUCCGUUGUUUCCUUUACAGCAGAUUGGAUAUUGGCAAUAUUGCCUAUGGCCCUAAUUUGGAAUCUUCAGUUAAACCGGCUCACUAAAGUUUCCAUUGCUGCUAUUCUUGCUUUGGGUCUUCUAGCCGGAGUAUCAACUAUGGUUCGCAUCCGUUAUAUCAAAUAUUCUACUAUCACUGACAACUUCCUCUUCGAAACCGCUGGAGUUGCUAUCUGGUCCACCGUCGAGGCCAGCCUCGGAAUUAUCGCCGCUUCUGCCUACACGCUCCGCCCGCUCCUCCGUGCCCUCUUCCCCGUCUUUCAUUCACAAAGGUGCUCUUCACAAACCCGAGGCAAUCAGAAUAUCGAAAUGUGUUUGCCUGCAAGAACGGUUGCGGCUGAUGGCUCCCGCAGUGAGCUGAACGGCUCAGAUGAUUUGAACCAGCAGGGCUGUGGGACAAUCGGUGAGAGCAGUAAUGAUAGAGAUAGUGGGAUUAGUGUACUUAAGUCCUUUGAGGUCAAUACAAACUAGGGCGAAGAGGAAUAUAAUGCGUCUUACUUGCAGUAAUGGCUAGAAUCUCCGGGGUUGGAGAGUACAAGGAAUUCCCG